CAAAGGUGAACCCAAUUUUCAGUUAUUAUAUUCAUUAUACACAAAUAAGAGAGAGAGAGAGAGAGAGAGGUUGUCUUGUCACUAUUUUUUGCUAAAGAAACUUCCAAGAUUCACCAUGAAGAUAAUUUCCGAGAAGGAUUUUCCACAAGAUUCAUCCAUCAACAUGGUUGUCGAUGACGACUAUGAUAAUACACCAGAAGAAAAUACAGGGGAGAAUUGUGCACAUCGACGUGUUUUUAGAGGAAAGUGUGUCAGCUGUAAGAGGCUGGCAUUCAAGUACGUUCAUGAGGGUAUGCGGUUGUUGUGGGUUACCAAAGAUGAGAUGGAUCGGAUUCGGAAGGUAUAGUCUGCGAAAUUGUUACAAGAUAAGAAGAUGGUCUUGGUUCUUGAUCUAGAUCAAACUCUGAUUCAUUCAACAACAAAAGAAAGAUAUCUGAGAACCCCUCAAGAACUCUUGCAAAAUAACUUAAAGGAUAGCCUAUUCCGUCUGAGUCAACCUUGGGAAAUGAUAAUGGUCAAGUUGAGACCUUCCGUUCACACUUUUCUGAAAGAAGCAAGUACUAUGUUUGAGAUUUACAUGUGUACAAUGAGUACACGAAGUUAUGCGUUGCAAGUUGCUGAGCUUCUUGACCCUGAAAGCGUUUACUUCAAGUCAAUCAUUACACGUGAAGAUUUACUUGAAACAAGCGAAAAGAAUCUUGGUCUUGUGCUAAGGGAGGAACGCAUGGUUCUUAUUAUUGAUGAUACCAUAAGCGUGUGGAGUGAGCAUGAAUUAAACUUGAUUCAUAUUAAGAAGUAUCAUUACUUUGAUUCAGAUCAUGACUGGAGUGUUGUAUCUCUUUCUGCAUUGGGCACUGAUGAAGGUGGGACCACUGGUAAGCUCACCACCGUUCUUCAACAACUUAAACUAAUACACAGACUGUUUUUCAACCCAAAAUUUGAAGGUGGACUUCAGGAUAGAGAUGUUAGAGACAUACUUGAUCGCCUUAGUGUUCUCCAAGGGUGUACAUUAUCCUUCAAAAAUAUUUUCCCUUCUGAUUUUAGGCCCGAAAAUUCGCGUCUCUGGUUGAUGGCGGAGGAGUUAGGGGCCAAAGUUUCUAUGGAUAAUUUGAUAAACACCAUCACACAUGUGGUCACUUGGUUUGCCACCGCGGAGGAGUUUCAGGAGGCAGAGAGGGAAAAAAUUAUUUUGGUCCAUCCAAAGUGGUUACGUGCUUGCUACAUUGCAUCAGAAAGGGUAUCUGAAAAAAAGUAUCUGAUUAAGCCGAAAGAUUCAAGUUGAGAUGAUCUUUGUUCACUUCUAUUAACAGAACAGGUAUAAUUCCAUUUUUUUUUGCUAAAAGUUCUUUGCAGUUAGUGAAAUAGGGUUUUUUUAUCCUAGACAAAGAAAUUCAGCGUUCUUUAGUAUUAAUUUUUAGAGCCUCAUUUUAAGUCGUUAAUGCUACGUGAUGAAUUCAAUUCUUCCUCAAUUGUGAUGAGGAGACAUAGUUACAGUGAUUUAUCUCCUUGUUGAUGUCUACAAUUUCUUAUGUGAAUGUGGCCUUGGAAAUUGA